CGCGGCCCAUAGCGCGGCGUGCGUGGGGCGGAUGUCCGGGCCGGCUGGGCCGGGGCCGCGGACGAGAUGGCGGAAGGCGGAGGUUGCCGUGAGAGACCGGAUGCGGAGACCCAGAAGUCCGAGCUCGGGGCCCUCAUGAGGACCACGCUCCAAAGGGGGGCGCAGUGGUAUCUCAUUGACAGUCGGUGGUUCAAGCAGUGGAAGAAGUAUGUGGGCUUCGACAGCUGGGAUAUGUAUAAUGUGGGUGAGCAUAACCUGUUUCCCGGCCCGAUAGACAACUCUGGACUCUUUUCAGAUCCUGAGAGUCAGACCUUGAAAGAACACUUAAUUGAUGAAUUGGACUACGUAUUGGUUCCAACUGAGGCCUGGAAUAAAUUACUAAACUGGUAUGGCUGUGUAGAAGGUCAGCAGCCCAUUGUGCGAAAAGUCGUGGAGCAUGGCCUGUUUGUCAAGCACUGCAAAGUGGAGGUGUAUUUGCUGGAACUGAAGCUUUGUGAGAACAGUGACCCCACGAAUGUGCUGAGUUGCCAUUUCAGCAAGGCAGACACCAUUGCGACCAUCGAGAAGGAGAUGCGGAAGCUGUUCAACAUCCCGGCGGAGCGUGAGACGCGACUCUGGAACAAAUAUAUGAGCAACACCUAUGAACAGCUGAGCAAGCUAGACAACACCGUGCAGGAUGCUGGGCUCUACCAGGGCCAGGUGCUAGUAAUUGAGCCCCAGAAUGAAGAUGGCACAUGGCCCAGACAGACCCUGCAGUCAAAAUCAAACACUGCGCCUAGCAGAAAUUUUACUACCUCUCCAAAAUCAUCAGCAAGUCCCUAUUCCUCAGUGUCUGCCUCUCCCAUUGCAAAUGGUGAUAGCACUAACACCUCUGGGAUGCACAGUUCCGGUGUCAGCAGGGGUGGAUCUGGCUUCUCUGCUUCCUAUAGUUGUCAGGAGCCUCCGUCGUCUCACGUACAGCCUGGCCUCUGUGGACUUGGAAACCUGGGAAACACCUGCUUCAUGAACUCCGCUCUGCAGUGCCUGAGCAACACUGCACCGCUGACCGACUAUUUUCUCAAAGAUGAAUACGAGGCUGAAAUCAACAGAGACAACCCUCUUGGGAUGAAGGGGGAGAUUGCAGAGGCCUACGCGGAGCUCAUUAAGCAGAUGUGGUCGGGGAGGGACACUCACGUGGCACCUCGCAUGUUCAAAACCCAAGUGGGACGUUUUGCUCCUCAGUUUUCUGGCUACCAGCAGCAAGACUCUCAGGAGCUGUUAGCCUUUCUUCUAGAUGGAUUGCACGAAGAUCUCAACCGGGUAAAGAAGAAGCCCUACCUGGAGCUGAAGGAUGCCAACGGCCGGCCGGAUGCGGUGGUGGCAAAGGAAGCCUGGGAGAACCACAGGUUGCGGAAUGAUUCUGUGAUCGUGGACACUUUCCAUGGCCUCUUCAAAUCUACUUUGGUUUGCCCAGAAUGUGCUAAGGUUUCUGUGACCUUUGACCCAUUUUGCUAUCUUACUCUCCCACUGCCCUUGAAGAAAGAUCGCGUUAUGGAGGUCUUCCUGGUUCCUGCUGACCCUCGCUGCAGACCCACCCAGUACCGCGUGACUGUCCCGCUGAUGGGGGCUGUGUCUGACCUCUGUGACGCGCUCUCCAGGCUGUCUGGCAUUGCUGCAGAAAACAUGGUGGUCACAGACGUGUAUAAUCACCGGUUCCACAAGAUCUUCCAGAUGGAUGAAGGUUUAAACCACAUCAUGCCUCGAGAUGACAUCUUCGUGUACGAGGUCUGCAGCAGCUCCGUGGAUGGCUCGGAAUGUGUCACACUUCCGGUCUACUUCAGGGAGAGGAAGUCCCGCCCAUCGAGCACUUCCUCUGGGGCAGUGCUGUACGGGCAGCCCCUGCUGGUCUCUGUCCCUAAGCACAAGCUCACCCUCGAGUCUUUGUACCAGGCUGUUUGUGAUCGUAUCAGCCGCUAUGUGAAACACCCUUUGCCUGAUGAGUGUGGCAGCUCACCCUUGGAGCCAGGGGCCUGCAACGGCUCCCGGGGCAGCUGUGAAGGAGAGGAUGAAGAAGAAAUGGAGCAUCAGGAGGCAGGCAAAGAGCAGCUUUCAGAGACCGAAGGCAGCGGGGAGGAGGAGCUGGGCGGCGAGCCCUGCGAGGCUGCCCACAGGAAGGCCGGAGGCCAGCGCUGCCCCAAGAGGCUCUUCACCUUCAGCCUGGUGAACUCCUACGGAACAGCCGACAUCAACUCCCUGGCGACGGACGGCAAGCUGCUGAGGCUCAGCUCCCGAUCUACACUGGCCAUCGACUGGGACAGCGAGACCCGGAGCCUGUACUAUGACGAGCAGGAGUCUGAGGCCUUUGAGAAGCAUGUGAGCAUGCUGCAGCCUCAGAAGAAGAAGAAGACGGCGGUGGCCCUGAGAGACUGCAUCGAGCUCUUCACCACCAUGGAGACCCUCGGGGAGCACGACCCCUGGUACUGUCCCAACUGUAAGAAGCAUCAGCAGGCCACGAAGAAGUUUGACCUCUGGUCCUUGCCCAAGAUCCUGGUGGUCCACCUCAAGCGCUUCUCCUACAGCAGAUACUGGAGGGACAAGCUGGACACGGCCGUGGAGUUCCCAGUCAGAGCGCUGAACAUGUCCGAGUUUGUCUGUGACCCGUCGGCGAGGCCUUACGUGUACGACCUCAUUGCCGUGUCCAAUCACUACGGAGCCAUGGGGGUUGGCCACUACACUGCGUACGCGAAGAACAAACUGAACGGGAAGUGGUACUACUUUGAUGACAGCAACGUGUCCCUGGCCUCCGAAGAGCAGAUCGUGACAAAAGCGGCGUACGUGCUGUUUUACCAGCGUCGGGAUGAUGAGUUCUAUGAGACGCCGUCUCGGGCCAGUUUUCCUGGCUCCUCGGACGGAGGGACCAGACCGGGCAGCUCGCAGCAGGCCUCAGGGGAUGAGGAGGCGUGCAGCAUGGACACCAACUGAUGUGGACUCUGACCCCGGAGGACAUCCGGACGCCCUGGGGACUCCUGGUGUUCAGUCUAAAGACCAGAUGAGAAAAGGCCCUUUUAUGAGCAGAAGAAAAAAAAAGACCUUGUUUGCUCAGAAGGGCUAUGUCAAGAGGCUGAAUUAUUUUUCCUUUUAAACGGGUGGUGAGACAUCUGUAACACCCGCGGAGCCGCGCGGGUGGGGGUGCACAGGUGUGAGUGCUGGGUGCCUGCCGAGGAGAGGAGCGUGGUCAGCGGAGGCGGCCGGCGGCACAGGGUCCCUGUGCAGCUCUGGACACUGGUCCCUGGCCCGGUUGUCUGCCAGGGUCGCCCUUGCUCUGUGCGCUCAGAUGGGUUGAUAGUUUUCUAAACCUUAGCCACUGGAGCCCAUUUCUGGUUCUCAACCUCGAGUCAUCUUGGAAUUCCCAGCUCUCCUCCCUGCUAAUGAAAUGAAGAUAUCUGGUG